AUGUCCCUGGAAAAGUACGAAAGGCUCGAAAAAGUAGGAGAAGGUACGUCCAAAUCAUCCAGGCUCGAGUGACGCCCGAAAGUCUCGUGUAGGGACCUGCAGCGAGACGCGCCGCGCUCGACGACCAAGCAGCCUGCGCCGGGCCAGGGGGCGUCAUCGCGCGACGCAGCCGGGGCUGUGGACGGAGCACGACUCGCCGCGUCCCAGUAUGGGUGCAUACCGGGGGUUUCACUUUCAACCACUGACCAACUUGAUAUGUCUUUGCUCUCACAGGAACGUAUGGUGUUGUCGUACGUUGAACCUUCCACUUUGCAGGGGCACGCGUCCCCUUGCACGCGUCCACAGAGACCUGACCAGCGCGCCACUCUUUGCCCUCUCCUUCUUCCUACAAUGCGUUUCCGCCUCGCGAUGUCGCAUCUUCACCUCAACUAGUACCGAUCCCGUAACAAGGAAACGGGCGAGAUCGUCGCGUUGAAGAAGAUUCGUCUCGAGGCAGAGGACGAAGGCGUGCCCUCGACCGCGAUCCGAGAGAUCUCGCUCCUCAAAGAGGCCAAGGAUGACAAUGUGGUAAAGUGCGUGUCGCGACCGUUCAGCGCCAUCAGUGUCGCCUUCGUCGCAGGAGAUGGGAAGAUUGAACUGACGAGGCCCAAACGUACAGGUUGUUGGAUAUCGUGCACAACGACACAAAACUCUACCUCGUCUUUGAAUACCUCGACCUCGAUCUCAAGCGGUACAUGGACAAGGUCGGCGACGGCGAGGGCAUGGGUCCCGAUAUCGUAAAGGUGAGUCAGACGUCCCUACUCGUGGAUCUGUUGCAUUCUUCACUGACACUGAAUUCGGACCCCUGGAAUUGCAAUCGCGAUGCAGAAAUUCGUACGUAAAACGCUGCUGGCGACGGCAGAUUCAUUUCCGGAACUGACCAUGGACGUCCACUGUUGCGCUUCUUCUCACCCAUCCACAGACAUAUCAACUCGUAAAAGGCGUGUACUAUCUCCACGCCCACCGCAUCUUGCACCGCGAUCUUAAGCCGCAGAACUUGCUCAUCAACAAGGAGGGAAACCUGAAGCUUGCCGAUUUCGGUCUGGCGCGAGCGUUCGGUAUCCCUCUGCGGACGUACACCCACGAGGUUAGUCACGGAAAUCGGUUGAGAUAACUCCGUUGUCAAUCCUAACGCACCUUGGAUAUCACAGAUUGUGACGUUGUGGUACCGUGCGCCUGAGGUGCUGCUCGGGUCAAGACACUACUCGACCGGCGUCGACAUGUGGUCCGUCGGCUGCAUCUUUGCCGAGAUGAUCAUGCGUCAACCCCUAUUCCCCGGCGAUUCAGAGAUCGACGAGAUCUUCCGAAUCUUCAGGUUAGUCCCGGCAUGUAAUCCACAAGCGAAACGGCGGAGACUGACCCCCUUACGUGUCGAACCAGGCUACUCGGCACUCCGACGGAAGAAGUAUGGCCCGGUGUGACGACAUUACCCGAUUACAAGACCUCGUUCCCCUGCUGGCACGCCAAAAACCUCUCUGAACACGUCUCUGGAGCGACCCCUGAAUCGGCCGAGAUCUUGCAAGGGAUGCUUAUGUACGACCCGGCCAAGAGGAUGAGCGCGAAGACCGCGCUCAAGUGCGACUACUUCAAGUUGCCCGGUGGGGUUAAGCUUUGA